GUGAUCAAACAUUAAGAACARCAUUACAUUGCGCAGAGCGAAAGUAACAUAAUCAGCAGAAAGGGCUCGAAAAAACUUUAUUGCUUUGUUUCUCCUUUGCAAAGAUGAAGUGGGCAUUCAAAGAAGAGCACUCUAUAGAGUCGCGAUGUCAAGAAUCGGCCAAAAUUCGCUCCAAAUAUCCAGACCGUAUUCCAGUUGUAGUCGAGAAAGCACCCAAAUCAUCCAUUCAAGACAUCGACAAAAGAAAGUUUCUUGUUCCAUCAGAUCUCACAGUUGCCCAGUUUAUGUAUAUUAUUCGCAAAAGGAUUCAGCUUCCYCCCGAGAARGCCAUGUUCUUGUUCGUCAACAAAGUCCUUCCAACAACAAGCUCAACAAUGGGGGCAAUCUAUGAAGAACACAAGGAUGAGGAUGGUUUUCUAUAUAUUGCCUACAGUGGAGAAAACACAUUUGGAAACUAAAAAGCAAUAUUGGAUGAAAUUGGAUUAGUAAAGCUGUAUCUUUCUGUUGUCUGUUUGUGUGAAAUCAGUUGCUUUCAGUAACUUUAUAAUGUUAAAUUUAUCAUAAUCAUUCUAGCACUAUUUUGAACUCACUAACUAGUAAACACUAAAUUAUCACAUCUUUCUGCCUCAAUUUGAUGCAUUAUAAUUACAAAAACAAAACAAAAAUACAAAUGUGCGUGCAUUCUGCUACAAGGAUACAUUAACCAAAAACCAAUAAAUUUAAGACUACUAAGAUGUCUUUUACAACAAACAUAGUUUGUAAAUAUUGUCUAGGAAGAGAGAGAAACUAAAGCAGAAUAGCAUAGCACUCAAAAACAAUUAUUACUUUAACUUUGUUUUCAAAAUCAAUCAAUAAUUAUUAGAAAGAAGUUCAAUGGGAAUUGUAAGGAAUUUAGAUAAGAGCAAGUACAGUAGUCUCUUGAUAWGGAAUUUUAUUGUAAAGCAUGAUAAAACAACUCUGGUUUGUAUGACCAUGAAGGAAAAGAUUCCAUGAAAACCUGUCUUGCAUCAUGGUACUUUCUUGGUGCUUUCUUGAAGUCAGGAUAAGUCCAUAGUGAAGUUUCCCUGUAUAUGAAAGUAUAUAAAAAAAUAAAAUUGACUUAUAUUACAA